UAAAAAGAGAUAGAAACAGUAACUACAAGUCAGACGUAUUCACCAAUAUUCACUCACGAAAAAAAGCCUCAAGAAUAGAAGAAUCCUGCUGAACAGCUGAACUGCUGAAGUAAUGAUUACAUUACAUUUAUGUUUGUGAUUUCAUGAUUAAAAAUUGGUGAUGUAUAAGAUUUGUAUACUUUUUUAAUUAUCCUAUUUUAAAUAAAUAAUUCAUCUGCGUUUUUAAUUAAUACUACCGUAUUAAAUUUAGUAAUAAUGUCUGAAUAUGAAAAUGUUCGAGUGGGUAAAUUGAUUUUAAAAGGAGAGAAACACAGGCCCAAAAAACGGAAACAUAAAAGUAAGAAACAUGAAGAAGUAACACCUAAAAUAGACACUGACAGUAUUAAACAUGGAAAUUGGUGGAAAGUUACAAAAGUUGAAGAAAUCUCUGGACCUGUUGCAAUAGAAUUUGGAAAUCAAACGUAUGUUAAGGCAUUAGAUAAUGGACUGUUCACUUUGGGGGCGCCUCAUAAUGAAGGAGAAGGUCCUUCACCUGAAGAAAUUCUUACAGCCGUUUCUAUUAAUGAAAAAAAAGUUGCAUUUAAAUCAGGAUAUAAUAAAUAUUUACGAGUUGAAAAAAAUGACAUUGUAACUGGUAGAUCUGAUGCCAUUGGAGCCACUGAACAAUGGGAACCUGUAUUUGAGGAUGGUAAGAUGGCUUUGCAAGGAUAUAAUGAUUGUUUUUUAAGCAUUGAUCCUGAUGAAGACUCAGUGGUAGCUAAUGUAAAAAAAGCCGGCUCCGAUCAGUUUAUCAGAAUCAGAUCUCAAACUGUUAGAGAGGAGAACCCACUGAAAGAUGUACCAAAUGAAGAACAGGGGGACAUAGAACAAAUAGAGAUUAAUUAUGUGAAAAAGUUUCAAAAAUUCCAAGAUAAACGACUUAGAUUAUGUAAGGAUGGAAAAAAGGAACUAAAAGUAGCAAAGCAAGAAGGAAACUUACACGAAACUUUGUUAGAUCGUAGGAGUAAAAUGAAAGCAGAUAGAUAUUGUAAAUAAUAGAAAUAUACAAUUUCAAUGGAA